ACCAGGGUCAGAGCCCCAGGGCCCAGCUCAUGGCAAGGGCCCCUGGAUUUGCCUUUUUUAAAGAUUGCUGAGCCUUUUGGAAGGAAGGCUUUUGAUUCUUGAGUUUUCUAGGUUUCUGAGGAUGGGAUCUGGUGGCCCUCGGGCUGUGGAGGCAAGCCUUUUAUUUGAACGGAUAUGGGAAACCAUGUGAGUUAGCUGUGGAACUUAGCCUUUCUUCCAAGAGCCUUGGCGUGGGCCCCACGAUUUCUAGAUUAUCAAGGCCCGUAAAUCAAAAAACCAAACCAGUUGCCAUUAAUUCUGAUUCAUGACCCCACGUAUACAGAGUAGAACUGUGCUCCGGAGGGUUUUCAAGGACCUCAAGAAGCAAAUCAUCAGCCCUUUCUUCCGAAGUGUCCCUGGGCCUAGAAGGAAGCAUUUUUGCUCAGUCUGCUCAGAGGCCAGCCCUCCCUAGCUCAACCCCUAUGACUCAGGAAGUCGUCAACCAGGAAGUGUAGCAGUUCUUGAUCUGCUGGUCUUUUCUCGGACAACCGGUGAAUGGAGCUGUGAAGAAGUCGCUGCUACAGUGAGGUCUCCAGGAUUUGCCUCUUUGGUUCCAACUGCCUUCCUAACUCUUGACAAGCAUGGAUUUCAACAGCCUUCUGUUUAAUAUUGGCGAACAACUGGACAGUGAUAAACUGGCCUCUCUAAAAUUCCUUAGCCUGGACCACAUCCCACAAAGGAAACAAGAACACAUUAAGGAUCCCUUGGCAUUCUUCAGGGCACUCCAGGAAAAGAGAAUGUUGGAGGAGAACAACCAGUCCUUCUUGAAGGAGCUGCUUUUCCAAAUUCAAAGUCUAGACCUACUGACCAGGUACCUUGGUGUCAGUAAGCAGGAGAUGGAGAGAGAGCUUCAGAUACCAGGCAAGGCCCAGGUUUCUGCCUACAGGGUCAUGCUUUUUCAGAUUUUCGAAGAUGUGAACAAAGAGGAAUUAAAGUCCUUUAAGUUUCUUUUGAGAAAGGAGAUUCCCAAAUGUAAACUGGAUGAUGACAUGACCUUGCUGGAUAUUUUCAUAGAGAUGGAGAAGAGGGUCAUCCUGGGGGAAAGAAACUUAGAAACCCUGAAAAGAAUCUGUGGCCGAAUCAAUAAGAGCCUGCUGUUGAAAAUCAAUGAUUAUGAAGACUUAAGCAGAGAGGAAAGAAAGAGCCUUGGAAGAAGUUCAGAUGGAUUUUCAAAUGAGGAGGACUUGGUCGGAGAGCUGGCUAUCUCUGACUCUCCAAGAGAACUGGAAAGUGAGUCACAGGUAUCGGACAAAGUUUACCGAAUGAAAAGCAAACCUCGGGGAUACUGUUUGAUCUUCAACAAUUAUGAUUUUACAGUAGCACGGAAGGAUGUGCAGAAACUUUACAACAUUAAGGAUAGAAACGGAACAAACUUGGAUGCAGAGGCUUUGGAAAAGACCUUUAAGGAUCUUCACUUUGAGGUAGUACAUUUCAAAGACCACACAGCAAAGAAGAUCUGUGAAGUUCUGAAAUCCUACCAAAAUGAGGACCAUAGUAACAAAGACUGCUUCAUCUGCUGCAUCCUCUCCCAUGGAGACAAGGGCAUCAUCUAUGGCACUGAUGGGCAGGAGGCUUCCAUCUAUGAACUGACCUCUUACUUCACUGGUUUGAAGUGCCCUUCCCUUGCAGGCAAACCCAAAAUCUUUUUUAUUCAAGCUUGCCAAGGGAGUAACUACCAGAAAGGUAUAGCCAUUGAAACCGACUCAGAGCAGCAGGAAGCCUGUUUAGACAUGGCAUCAUCUCCGAAGAGCUAUAUUCCAGAUGAGGCUGACUUCCUGCUGGGGAUGGCCACUGUGAAUAACUGUGUUUCCUACCGAAGCCCCAUGGAGGGAACCUGGUAUAUCCAGUCACUUUGCGAGAGCCUGAGAGAAAGAUGUCCUCGAGGCGAUGAUAUUCUCACCAUCCUGACAGAAGUAAACUAUGAAGUGAGCAGCAAGGAUGACAAGAAAAACAUGGGGAAACAGAUGCCACAACCUACGUUCACACUGAGAAAAAAACUCUAUUUUCCUCUUAAUUGAUGCUAGUAUUUAUCUACAUAUCACUGCUGCUUUAUUUUUUGAUAAGCUAGUAUUAUUUUGCUUAAUUUAAUACAGUAUUGCUAUUUUGCACUUUUUUUUUUUUUUAAUGGCAGGAAGGGGAGAGAAUAGGAGUCAGGACAUUCUCCUAACGGUCCCGUGAAGUCAAGCCCGUCUCUGCCUUUGCAGUAACAGCAGUCAGUACCACACAUUUAUAGCCACAGCCAUUAUCUUCAUUGCAUUUUUAAUUAGUGAAAAAAUUUUAAAAAUUUAUAGUAGAUGGAAAAAGUAUAUUAAGCUUAAAAGUAACAACAUAUCAUAAAGGUUCAAAAACACUGGCAGAAUGUUUCUUUACAGAGAACCACUUAAAUUCAUAUUCCCUUUAAAUAGUUAAGCAUUUUGUUAAAAAAGCAAAAACAAGAACUUAAGAGCAGCAUUCCAGACCUUUUACUUUGAACAUGGUGUAACUAGCAGCCUGGAGCCUUUAUAAGGCACGAGAAGAGAAGGAAGGAGUGAAAGCCAUUUCCCACUAUGAAGCAGGCCUCAGGUGAUUUGUCAGACUUGCCUGUCAGCUGCUGAGGCAUAGAUUCUAUGAGGUAGAAUUCAUAUCGGGGGAAAUGACAGCAGUACUCUCUCAAAGGCCACUUAUGUAGAUUUUUGUUAUCCAACAGCAUUAAAAAAAAAAAAAACUCAGGUGU